UACAUAUGAUACCUGAAGUUACAGUUCAAAAGUCUCUACUGCGUUUAGGUUGGGAGUACCUGAGAAGCUGCAUUUCUUGCCUGAAGGGCUGGAAAAGAAGGAAAAGGUUUGGAUUGUCUUUUGGGAGAGGUGGAGGGAGGGGGAAGCUUACCGAUUUCUGAACUUGCUUUUUGAAAAAUAUCUAACACACCAAAACUGUGUGUUUGAGACAGGACACUGGUAAUGGUUUGGGUGUCUCUUCAGUGUUGACUUUUUUAACGUCCAAGUAUUUCCGCCUCCCUAUUUGGACUCUUGUUAUGCUGAACUUACCAUAAUUUCACAUCUUAUAUGUAGAUACUAUGGAUAACCUUCAUUUGAGUGUCGUAGCUGUGGUCCUUUACUUUCACAUUCCUGGAUCAGUGGGAACCAAGUCACAGCAGCUUCUUAAUGCACAUCGCCAUUCAGACUGCUGGUGGGAUGGGAAGUUCUCAGUGAAUUGCUCUUUUACUGGACUAUCUGCUAUUCCAGAAGAUAUAUCACGAACAGCAAUAACAGCUGAUUUAAGUUACAACAACAUUACAACUUUACUGUGUGCCAACGGGAGAAAUGAAGACUGGAUGCUAAAACAUCUGAAUCUCAGUAACAACCUGAUUUCUGAACUCUCCAUAACUGCUUUUAGAAAUUUACCCGCUUUAGAAACUCUAAACCUCAACGGUAAUUCCAUCAACACCCUCACGCUAGACAUACCUACAGCUGCACAUGCAUCUGAAACGUAUGGAAAAGUCCAUCACUUCCUGCCUGCUUUGAAAGUAUUGUCGGCUGAAAGAAAUUAUCUCGAUGCAGUUCCAAGAGGGCUAGGACUGCUGCAAUCCUUACAGUCUGUCCGUCUGUCGUUCAAUGGCAUACUACGGAUUGACCUGCAUGACUUUCAGAACUGUUCACAGCUGAAAACCAUCUACCUACAAAACAACAAGAUAACUACAAUUCAUCCAGAUGCCUUCCAGGGUCUCAACUACUUACAGGUCGUGGAUCUCCGUGAAAAUGCUUUGACAACCGUCCUACCACAGAUAAUAAUCCACUUGAACAUCUUUCAACUUGAAGUGGAUUUGUCAAGUAAUUCCUGGAUAUUUAACUGCAGACUGAAUGCUUUCAAACAUUUAAUUCCUUUUCUUUCUGACUCCAUGAGGAGAAAAUUGAAUACUUCACACAGUAAAUCUGCCAACAACUCACAGAAACCUGUACUGUACCUUUCCAGUUUCCAUUUGAACUGCAGUGAGGGCAUUUCGUUCAAGACGGCUGCAAUCCCAGCAGGGCAGACGUCAGUGCUAUGCUGUGACACAGACAACACAGGGGGCAAUGGAGUCUCUUGGUGGACACCUAAAGGCAGGAUUUCAGAGGAAAGUAGUCUUCCUCACAUGACACUGGAUAAAAGGAGCAGUUUAGUAAUACACAAUGCCGAAAAAACUGCUGAAGGAUUAUAUAUGUGUAUUUUUAAUACAACAAAGAAGAAAUACCUCAUCUACAAUGUACAGGUGAAAGAACGGGUUUCAACGUCUUUGGUUAGAAAAACCCGGGACACUAACCCUGUUUUUAGACAAGAAAGAACAAAGCAAGACUUUACCCUGGCCAUCUGCCUCUCCGUGUUCAUUACGUUUUUUUGUGCUUUUUGCCUGGGUGUUUUUGCUAGACCCUACCUUGUGCGCCUGUGGAUGUGCAUGCGCAGAAACAAAAGUACAGGUUCAGAACAUACUUAUUCCAAUGAAGCUUUUUCAGAUGAAACCCUGAGCAGAGAGCGCUAUGCACGCAAACCCCCAAACAGGCAGCAAAACCCGUCUGCUAUUUAUGAGAAUUCUUCAAAACGCGCACGCACUGUUCCUACAGACACUGAUCAUUUGUAUGCGUAUAUUAUUGACAGCAUGCUGCACACACCGAAUGCUGAAGAGUACCCAAACCAAAACAGUAAGAAGAUUAACAUGAAGAAAGACCCAGUGUUUUCAGACAUCAAAGCUAAUUCCAGCAAUUCCAAAUACAUAAACUUCGGACAACCUUCUGCAAGGACAGAUAACAAAAACGACAAGGAAAUAACACCAAGGAACUUAAUAAGCAAUGACACUUCAUUAUGGGAACACUCACAGCAUGCAAAUUAUGAAGGUUUAGAGAAGAGCAGGCUCCCUCCCAUACCCAGCAGAACGAAUGCCGACAUUUACUCGAUUCACAUCGACUCUUCAGAUUCAGAUUUAUCCUACGCAAGAGAAACUGGCAUUCCACUUCCCAGAGGACAAUCCCACACAAGUGCACAGGAUUCUAGGAACAGCAAGGUGAGAAACAACGCUGAGCAGCUGCAGUCUGAAAUUACAGAGCCCGCACCAAACUCUCCUGAAAGAAAAGGUAUCGUUUCACAUAAUGAACCCCUAAGCACAGCAAAAUUUAUGCCCAGAAAGCAAAGAUGUGAUGAAGAACUUGGUCUAAAUGGCAAUAUAAAUAUAACCAGUGAUGUAGGAGACUUUAUUUUAUCUAGGAACUGUAUGAGAGAUACAAAGACUGAGAAUUUAAGUGACUACCGAAAAAUAGAAAACUCUCCUCAUGCACAGUACAACCAUACGAUAGAAGGUACUAAUGAACGAGGUCAUUUAGCAGAUUUCUUCGGUGACAGUUCCUCAGAUGAAGGGACUGCAUUCACAAUGAGCGAUGGGAGCUCCUUAGAAGAUUUUGAACUGGAACAACCUGGUGCUAGCAGCAGCCUGCCGGCCCCUCAGCCGUCACUAGAGAAAGCUGCUACAGACAAUGGAAGCGUUUAUUGCUCAGCACUGCCAGAGCAUCCAAACAUCGCUGCUGAGCUUCAGCAUGCUGGAAAAAAUGAAGACAAGCACAAUGUAAAUCUUGAAAACACUACUGAUGGGGUCAGAUACUAUCAACUACUACAUCACUACCAUGGGUCAGAUACUAUCAAGCCUGAAGCAGCAUCACCUGACACUGAUAAACACAGCGAUCGUGUAAACAUGUCAGAUUCAGACUCAAUUGGUUCGAGUCAAAAAGUUUCUGAAACAUUUGACUAUUUUACCAAUGAAGAGUCAACAGUACAAAACUCUAUUUUAGAUUCUCCCCGCAAACAUGAUACAGACUUUAGUAACACGUUACUUUCAUUAAAACCUUUUCCCGUGUAUGCAAGAGAUACAGAAAAUACUCCUGGGGAUGUUGACUUGCAGCUGCAGUUUCCCAUUGGACCAAAGCAUUUCCUCAGAUCCAGUCCCACUGAACGGAAAGAGCAUGCUCCAGAGGUAACCACAGAAGAGCUCACGGAUGGGAGUUCCUCCGAAAGUGAUCGUGAUGAAGGGGACGUUACAUUAAGACAAAACAGCAGUACAUCUGAGAACAAUUAUUUUACUUCUACUCCCGUUGAUAUUGGUUCGAAUGAAACUGUUAAAAAAGCAGCAGUACUGCGUGCCAGCAUAAGCAGCAAUGAAUCACCUCUUCAAUCCCCGAUGGAAGACAAAACCGAAAAGCCUUUUAAGUUUAUCACUGAGAAAGAAGACUCGUUACCACAGGGUGAGCAUGUGAACACAACUAAGACUUGGGAAGAUAAAAUGCAAAGAAGUUUUAAUGAAGAAGAAGAUGACGAACACAUAGAAUUACAGGAUAGCACCAACUGUAGCUCUCCUGAAGAAAUGCAGCCUCGCAGUGUUUUGACAGGUUUGGUGCAUAUUGAAUCUUCUGGGAAAACAGAGCCAGUCUUCAACACAGGAAAGUAUUUCCAGUUGGAUCCGAGUGAAGAGAAUCCGUAUUCCUUAUCAGUCCCAUCCAGUUUCUUUAACAGAAGCCUACAACACAGCUCAUUCCCACAGAAGAGUACAGGAGAUAGAAACUCCAGAAACACUGAUUCCAAUGAGGAGGAUGGCACUACUUUGACAGGACUGAAGAACAAUUAUACAACAGCUGUCAGCCUCCCACAUUCAAGUGAAAAACUCAUUCCAAAACCUCAGACCACACAGGGCCAGUUUUUUGCUAAGAAGAAAAGAGCAUUUGAUGGAUUUGCAGUCAUGUUGCAAAGCAGAACAGAGUGCAGUAGUUCAGACACAGAAGUGUGACAAUAAGCUCCUGCAGGGUUUUUGUCAUACAACAGGUGCAAAAAUGUCUGUGUCUUAGGAUGAAGUUCUCUGGCUUUUAAUAACUUGAAUACCAUAGGUUUUUCUCUCUGUUUGUCGUUUGUCAGUACAACUAUCCACCUCUAACUUCAGAAAAACAAGGUAUGGAACUAGACCUAACCCUGAGAUGUAUAAAGCCUGGACUCAUCUGUUUUAGAAAAGCCCUGACUCCAAAGGGUAAUUCAGGCUAACACAGACAUCUGUGUACAAAUAAACCAGGUACUAUGGGCUUGUGCUUACAAGGGUAUUUGUGUGUAAAAAAAAUAAAAACAGGUAGGGGGUAUGAAAAACAACUCUAGGAUACUCAAAUGAGUAAACUACUCAGUAGUUCUAAGUGUUAAUAAAGUUUUGCUGAGUUAUAGUAAUAGUAUAUAAUCACUUUCUUAUUUAUUCUAGUUACAAAGAUACUACUUUCCUUCGGAAAUUAUCACUGAUAUGCACUGUUUUAUUUCUCUGUCUAAAAUAAAUGUAACAUUGAAAUUAUUACAUUAUUGCUAAUAUUGUGUUUUCCUAUUGGAAUCCCGCUAUUCAUGAAAGAGGAUAUUUUACUGUCUUCUGCUUUUUUGAACCAAAUUUCUGGAUUAGAAGUCUCUAAACUCCACCACCUUUGCAAACGCAGGAGUAUUUUGUCAGUUGCUUCUACUACAGUUCAGCCAGCUUUCAAAAUAUGUAUUGGAAAAAAAUGUUUUUUUUCUGACCAGAAAGCUGCAGUAGCAAUACAUACACUACACUACUUAUGAGGAGCAGCAAGUUUUCUAAGCCUCCCUUUGUGCCAUAAAGCUACAGGAAAAAAAAAAAAGAUUAUCUGCUGUCCUCAUCACAUCCACAAAGAAAAUAAAUUCACUCCUUCAUGAAGGAAUUUUUAACGUGACUAAGUAUUUCACUCUACUGUCAGAAUAUUGUUGAUGUUGUCUGAAACUUGCCUUCACAUUUCUGUCUAAAUCUUGCACCUUUGCUUUGCUGCUGAGCACUGCAGACACUCGUUAUCAUCACCUAUUCAUUCAAACUCAAAUAUUCACCUCCUUCUCCUUCUUAUUAGUUCCUCACAUCAUUAGCAACUGCUCUCAGAAAUACAAAACCUUAUACAUUUCCUGUGGCUUCCAGCCAAUACUCUUUAUAACGUGUGCCUUCAACAUUCUUCUUUUUUCCCUUCACCCUAUUUCUCCAGGCCCUUCAGUACCCAUAAGGUACACAAUCCCCCCCCUCACUGAAUCCCUUUGAGAUUCUAUCAUAAUUCACUUUCCUUUACCUUUCAGCUGUUGUCAAUCAGCCAUAUCUUGUUGGCACUGAAAACAUUCCUCAUUUAGCUCAUUUGGUCACUCAACAUUUUCUAGAAUACUUACUGUAGUACAAAAACAGUUGCAGUUAUAGGAGUAUAAAUGUACAUUAUACAGGCACAAGCUUGUUUUCUGUGUUUUAUUUUUUUUCCCCUCCUGCACAGAAGUUAUGCUUGCAAAGAGGCGUAACUGCAACUGCUCUAGGGAUGUUGGAACUUCUUUAGCUUCAUCAGUAACUUCAGGUACCAAAAGAAUCACGUUCACUUAAGUUUUAAGUUACUACCACAACUGAUAGCAAGUAAAUGAAGUCACAGAACAGACCCCAUAAAAAAGCAGUCAGCAUAUGCUGGAUGAAUUCUCAAAUGAAGAACAAAGAGUUGACUGUUUUGGUAAUAGUUUGGGCACACCCUUCUUACAGGGUGUAAGCCUCUUCCUUUAUUCUCUUUGUCAGGCUUUACAAGUAUGCUUCCUAUUCACCACCAGAUUUGGAAUUCUGCAGCCAAUAUUCAAUAUUAAGUAGGAAGAUUAACUAAUGGCUGUUUUAAAAACUAAAGUCGUGAAUGUACUAGAGACAUUUAGGCUGCAAUUUUCAUGUCUUAUUGCUAGCAGCUUUUCUAUUGUUCUGCUCAGAUAUUACCACUUUUGCUUUGAAAAGGUCAACUCAACAGCCCAUUGCAAGUCAAAUAAUUGACAAACUCUGCUAAAUGCUAAGGAAAACACGAGUAUUUGAGGUCACGAACAGAGCCUCAGAUAUAAAUACCAUCACAUUCAAAUACUACUAGACUGGUGUUCUCUUCCAAGAUGAAUAGUAUCUGGAAUUUACGCUUCAGAUCUUCAAGAUCACAGAAGAGCUAAGGUUGGCAGGGCCCUCUAGAGGCUGCCUGGUCCAACCCCCACUCAAACAGAGACACCCACAGCAGGCUGCCCAGAACCACGUCCAGGGGGCUUUUGAAGAUCUCCAAGAAGGGAGUCUCCACAAACUCUGUGCAACCUGUGCCAGUGCUCAGUCACCUGCACAGUAAACAAAGUGCUUCCUGAUGUUCAGAGGGAACCUCCUGUGUUCCACUUUGUGCCCACUGCCUCUCGUCCCAUCCCUGGGCACCGCUGAAAGGAGCCUGACUCCCUCCUCUUUGCACCCUUCCUUCGUGUAUUUGAACAUACUGAUGACAUUCCCCAUCUGCUGAGCCUUCUUCUCCAGACUGAGCAGCCUCAGCUCUAACAAUUUUUCUUCAUAGGAGCAGUGUUCCAGUCCCUUCAUCAUCGUAGUGGCCUUUCAGCGAACUCUCUUCAUCCUCUGUCUCUCUGGGGUGUCCAGCCCAGAACAGGACACAGCACUCCAGGUGUGGCUUCACCAGUGCUGAAUGAAGUAGAAGGAUCACCUCCCUCAACCUGCUGGCAACACUUCCGACGCAGCCUAAGAUACCUUCUCUACCACAAAAGCAUCGCUCACGUUCAACUUGACGUUCACCAGGACCCCCAAAUUCUUUUCCACAAAGCUGCUUCCUGGCCAGUCUGCUCCCAGUAUGGCUCCUGGGAUUACUCCUCCCAUGUGCAGGACUUUGCAAAGCCCUUCUGUGAACUUCAGAAACUUCCCAUCAGCCCAUUUGUCCAGCUUCAGGUCCCUGUAGAAAUCAGCAUGACCAUCUAGUGUA